UUGAAUUGUGACAUUGAUAAAAAAAAAUUUUUGAUUCAGACGGUGCCUUUUAAUUUUUACACCUCUUUGUUAAGUGGGACUGCAGUUUUGGAAAAUCUGAUGUGCUCUUGCACCUAUUUGUGGGCCCGCUAAAAAUAGGGCCCUGCUGGCAACACAUGUGCCUCUAUGAUAGGCAGUUACAGAGACUUUCUUCACAGGCACGGGCUCCAAAGAAACACGGACAACAUCUCAGUGGGGCUUUUAUAUGAGUAACAAAAUUCAACUCAGAUCCAAGACAGAGAAUCUUGACAAGCUGUGGACGUGACCUUGUUUUAUUUUGCGGGUGCAAAUAGUGGAUCGCACAUUUUUGGUGAAUUACUACAGUGAACAAUGACUUCCAGGAGGCCAAUGACUCGCUCUUUUUCUGCCAAUGGGAGGACAAGCAGUUUCAGUGAAGAGGAUAGCAGCUCUUCAAAUGGCCGUCUCGAAACCCGCAAUAAUUACCUCUCAAAUGUUAGGCCUGAAAACAGGAGCACAUUGUGCACUGUCAUGGCUCAGCUCACUGAGGAUAUACAACCGUCCUUUGAGACUACGUUGAAGUCAAAGGCGGUGUCUGAAAACUGUAACGCAAAGUUCACCUGUGUUGUAUCAGGUUACCCUGUCCCAGAACUAAAAUGGUAUAAGGAUGAUAUGGAAAUGGACCGUUACUGUGGACUUCCAAAGUAUGAGAUCCGCAAAAAUGGGAAAACUCACACCCUGCAUAUUUACAACUGCACACUGGAUGAUGCAGCUAUCUAUCAAGUCUCAGCUAGCAAUAGCAAAGGUAUUGUCUCCUGUUCUGGGGUUUUGGAGGUCGGCACCAUGAGCGAAUUCAAAAUUCACCAGAGGUUCUUUGCCAAGCUGAAGCAGAAAGCGGAAAAGAAGAGGAAAGACUUGGAAGAGCACCCCAAGAAGGAGGACAAGGAAAAUAUUCAAAGAGAAGAGCCACUAGUUAAUCCAGAGCCCCCUCCGAGGAAGCGCCUGAUCCCGCUACCGGAGCCGGUCCCAGCAGCUAAAGGGCCUAAAGCUGUAGAGCAGCUGGGGGCUGCCACAGAGGCCAAUGGAGUUAGCUCUUCUGACGUCAAAGAAACAGCCUCUGCGGCACCUUUGGACAAUAGUCUGGAGAAGGACAUACCGCCCCUCGAGGAACUCCUGGCCAAAAAGAAACCAAAGCUCACCAAUGGUGUCGAUGCCGGCGUUAACACCACCACAAACAGCAGCAACAGCAGAGGCCACAUGAUGGGGAACGGAGGUGAAAACUGCUAUGACGGAGGAAUCAGUUUGGCACAAUUUCUGUCAGAGACACUCCAAUCGCAGGCAUUUGAAGAGAACCAGAAUACCCCCCAAGUAGAACAACUACAUGAGAUGGACUUAAGUAUCGCAAAUACUAGGAAAGAAAAAGAAGGAGAACUUGACACGUUACAGAAAGACAAAGAAGAACAUGAAACAACAGAUAAGACGAAAGGAAACAAUUCUAUUAUAGAAAGGGAGAAAGUGAAGGAGAAAAGGCUGCAGGAGGGCUCACAUACAGCAGAGCAACCAAAACACCCCUCAGAGGUAAAACAAUACAGAAAAGCUCACAAGGAUCACGACCACCAUAACAUUCAGGCGUCCUUCUCGUCCAUGUUACACACGGUCAAAGACUUCUUUUUUGGGAAGAGCAAAAGGGACUCUUACGAACACAUUGAAAACAACGAGAAAGAACAUGACCAGCCACCUAGCACAAUCCAGCCUAAAUCUCCUCAGUCACAAACACCGCCAUCAUAUCGGCUGCACAGGAAGCAUCAGCCAGAGGUGAAUAAACCUCCUAUGGACCAAGUUGUACCAAUGGAAACUGAUAAGCCAAAGGAACCUUCAGAAUGCGUGGAUAUAGAUCAACAGUUGCAGAAGCUCAUGACAGCAUGUGAACAUGAAGUUGUGCAAUUACCAGCUCUUGUAUUACCAACCGAGAGCAUAAAAGAGCCAACAAAAUGGAGUAUCAAGGUGGCUGAUGAACCGGCGGAGAAUAUGGAGGUAUCAACAGGGGAAGAGAUCAGAGGUCUAGGUGAAGACAUACCAUUGACUGGCCUUCAUGUUCUCACUGAGGAGGAAACCAGAGUACCUGGAGUAAGCCCACGCAAGCACAGAGAGAACAUGAAAACUCCACACACAGAGAUCCAAACUGAGAUUCAAACCCAGCCCCACCUGACUACUGCAGAGCAAGACACUAAAGUGGUCUCAAGGGUGGAUUUGGUUCUCUCACGCCAACAAGAUCCAGCUUCACCACAGGCUCAUCACCCCAGCGAAAGAGAAGGGUCUUCACUUGGCCAAGAUAUGUCUGUCUUGCCACAGAGCCAAACCAUUCAUGACGCAAGUUUCCCUCCAUUAUCCAGCAUUUUAGAAGAUAGCCAGGUUCCCCCUCCCAGUGUUAUCUCAGCUAUGGAGAGUAGUAGCCUCACCUCUGUGAUGCCUGCUGAGUCUUUGCAAGGGAGAGAGACAAAUAUUGAUAAGAUGGACAAAGAAAGUGAACCUGACAAAGAGGUGAAUCACCCUUUUAAGCAGUUACACGUGGAAGAGAAAACUGAAGUGAAAUCAAACAAGCUGCCCGGUUCAGAUAUAAAAAGACUUGAGGUGAGUGAAUUAAUGCUGCGUUUGCUGAAAGAGACAAUUGAGACAACAGAAAAUAAACCACCCAAUCAGACCCUUGCACCUCACUCUGAUAUGGAGGCAAGCAAUUCACAGAGACAGCUUCCUAAAAAGGAGGUUGAACGCACUACAGUGACACAGGAAGUUAAUGUAGGGUUUCCACCCUCUGCUGCCCCAGAGGUGGCUGACCUAGAAAUGUGGCCUGAAUACCUGCCGCCUUUGGUAGAAGAAAGCAAAGAAGAGUUAAAACACAGAGUACUACAGAGUUCAGAGUCAGGUUUUAGAAAGACUGAGACGGGAGGUGAAAAGAAGGAUGAAUUAACCGAUGCUAUACUCAAAGAUGUGGAAGAUAAUUCAUUUAACAGUCUGAAAAAACAAGAGAUUUUAGGAGAACUUAUUGAGGCUACAGAAAUAGGGACAGGAACAAAACAACCAACAGAGGCAAACAACAUGGAUGAAGAGUCAAAGAUCUUUACUGUAGUGCAAAACAGGCAAGAUGAAACUAGUUUUGUGGAGAAUAAUAUGGUGCAUCAAGACAGUCAUGAGAAACAGCAAAGUCCCCCAGAAAAAGUUCCACUUGCAUCUUUGUGUAUUGAGAACACAACAGAUUUCAAAGAACCACCUGUGUCAAAUUUAAGUCCAAAUGAGCACUUUGCUAUCCCAAAGAUUGAAAUAAUAGAGCCUGAAGUCAAACAGUUCACUCUUCCCCUGACUAUAUUAGCACUCAACAAGAUAGAAUCAGAGCCACGUAUUUUAGAAAAACACAUAAAACCGGAGGCAAUAGUCCGGGAUACUGUUGAUUCAUCAGGUCUGUUGCCAAAGCAGAAAGCUCUGCAUGGUGACAAUAACCCUUCACCCACAGAUAAAACGAAAGAACUGGAGCAAUUGGAUAACAAGACAGAAAUAGCUGAGCAAGAGCAGGCAAGCAUGAACGCUAGUGAGCAGCUCCCUCAGGUGGACUACACAUCCAUUCCCCAAAUAAAUGUUUCAUGCGGCGAUGAUAAGGAGGAUCAUAAAUUUGUAAACACCUGUGUUUCGGAUUCCCUGCCGUCCUUUGAAACGCCUACUGUGCAAUUGUUUGUGGUGCCACCAAUUUCUGUCACGUGUCACAAGAAUGAGAGUGAACUAAGGAAGCUCACUCACAGUGCGUGGACAGAAACUGAAACCUCAGUGGUCACACAGAGAGUCACACCAAGUGCUACGCUGCAUGGUGCCAGUAGUGACAUGACAGCCAAGUCUGAAAACCCUCAAGAAGACAGGGCAUAUCAAAGCUUCACUGAGAACACUUCGACUAUGCCAAGUGUGGCUGUAGUACAGCAGGUGAAUGACAAAGGACUGUCUGUGCAUGAAACUACAGAGGACAACAUUUACCCUGAAAUACUCAAAGCAAAGCCCUUAAAAGAGGCUAAGACUGAGAAUUCUGUGACUGUUGAGGACCUCCUCAGAAGCAGGAUCUCUGCUGAAAGACUCACACACAAACCCCCAACUCACCCAUCACUGAGCCCCGGCAGUAUCCGCAAAUUUAUGACCAAGGCUGCUCAAGAGCUAGACAUUGAUGGUGGAAUGGCGGUCCCUGUCAUCACAGUGGAUGACCACCAGAGUGACAGGGCGGAUGAGGAUCUAAGUGGCGCAUCGACACCAACGUCAUCAACACCAACCUCAUCACUGUCCUGUGAGAGCAGCCCAAGGCUCAAACGAAGGGACAGUCUAUCACUCAUACGCUCCGCCACGCCUGAGGAGUUGGCCUCGGGAGCCCGCCGCAAGAUCUUCAUGCCCAAACCUAAAGAGGAUGCCAAUGGAGCUUCUGGGUCACUGGAAGCUCAAAACAAGAAGGAGACCCCUUAUAUGUCCCCGAGCCAGGCUCGCAGAGCAGCAUUGCUCCAAGCUCCUGUAGGACAAAAUACCCCACCGAUGGAGAGGCGCUCUCCGCUGACGAGUCGCAGGAAGGCCACCCUGGAGGUACCAAAGGUUGUGGAGGAGCCACCCAAAGAGGAGCCAGCGAAGGCCAUGAAGGAGGAGAAAGUUGUUGAAAAGAAGUACGACCCUCUGAAAGCGCCACAGGUCAUCCGUAAGAUCAGAGGGGAACCUUUCCCAGAUGCCUCCGGACACCUGAAGCUCUGGUGCCAGUUUUUUAACGUCCUGUCCGACUCCACCAUUAAAUGGUUCAGAGAUGAAGAGGAAAUUCUGGAGGUCAAACGAAGUGCAGGGGAUGAAAGCCAGGUAGCACUGGCUGUUGUGCUGGCCUCAAGCCAUGACUGCGGCGUGUACGGCUGCACGAUAAAUAACGAGUACGGCACCGACACGACCGACUUCCUCCUCAGCGUAGACAUUCUGUCUGAUAUACUUCUCAGAGAGGAUUUGGAGGUUGGAGAGGAGAUAGAGAUGACGCCGCUGAUGUUCACCAAAGGUCUUGCCAACUCGGGCAGCUGGGGUGAUAAGUACUUUGGCCGCAUCAUGACGGAGAUGGCGAACAUUGGCGAGGGUUGCGGCCAUAAAGCCAGCAGAGUGAAGGUCAUCUAUGGCCUCAAUCCCGUCUUUGAGUCAGGAAGCACUUGUAUCAUCAAGGUUCAGAACCCCAUUGCCUACGGGACCAAGCAGGAGAGCAACCUUACAGACAGAAAUAUGGAGCUUACAAAACAAGAAUGCAAAAUCCAGAACAUGAUCCGAGAAUAUUGUAAAAUCUUUGCAGCUGAAGCAAGAGUGAUUGAAAACUUUGGCUCUUCCCUAGAAGUCAUUCCUCAGUACCUAAUGUACCGCCCCGCAAACUCUGUCCCAUAUGCCACAGUGGAGGCUGACCUCAAGGGGGUAUUUCUCAAGUACUGCCUGACAGAUCCUAAAGGCAAACUGAUUGCACAGAGCGUCUCUGAGAUGGAACAGAAAUGUUGUACCUUCCAGCACUGGAUCCAUCAGUGGACACAUGGCAACUUACUGGUCACUCGCAUGGAAGGUGUUGAAACAAAGGUUACGAAUGUUCGCGUCGUAACCAAGACUAAAGGAUACCAAGGCUUGACAGACAGCAGCUCCCCGGACGUCUUUGACAACUUCUUGACUGUCCACCAGUGCAACUACUAUUGUGGACUUCUCGGCCUGCGCCCACUCAAGACUUUGGAUAAUCUGCAGCAGUCUGCCAAGACAAAGAGCUCCAGGAGUCCUUUGCUUAACCGUAAGUUGACUCCAGGCUCCGGCAGCCCGCAGCUGCAGCGUAAAGGACACAGCCCUCAGAUGGCCCGAAAGGCUAACUCGAGCCCAAAGGUGACGAGAAAGACAGAGCAGAGUGAUUCAAACGGGAAAGUGAAAGCUGCUGAAACCACUGGUGUUCUUGAAAUGAGGUAGGAAAGUGUUUGAUGUUUCUCUCUAGUUACAGGCAACUAUGAAACAACAAAUUAAUUUCUCAUAAUGUAGAAUGAAUGUGAAUAACUAUGAAGACAUCUGUCCCCCUGCUAGACAGUUGACUAGAAUAUAAAAUCUUUAAAAUGGACAUUUUUGACCAGUGUUCUUAACUCUUCCACACUGGGUCUCAUUAGAAUUGACUAUACACUACUGAAUCAUCACAAACACGUGCUUCAGAGUCUUAUCAGCUUUAUAAGUCAACUCUCUAAGCCAGAUGUGUCACAGCAGAAGAUCAACAAUGACUGUAAUCUUGAAGACUUGCUGAAAAAAAAGUACAUUUUUUUUGUGUUUUGUUUUAAUUUGCACAUCAUGAAAUGUCCCCGUUACACACUGCAUGUUCAUCUGUGAUGCAAAAUCUGUGUGCAAAGGGCAUCAUUUUUUAUUUUUUAACAACUUCAGCUUUAAAAAUACACUGCAAAUCUACACUUCAUUAGGUACACUUGCACAACUAUACAAAAAAAUCUGCCUUAUUAUUGAUACAUUUUGACUGUCAGAGAGGGUAUUAAGUUAACGAUACGUUUAUUAUUGUGAUUUUAGUUUGCACUAUGUCAUACUGAUAGCUGUUUCUAAUAUUGUAAUUUUGUUACCUUAUUUAGGUGCAACAAAUUAGUGCAGUUCUACACCACUGCAGUUUUGCUUUAACCACCUAUUUACAGUCCUCCUCAGCCAAAAUAAGGUGCUUAUAGAUCAACUAUGCUAUAGUGCAGCUUAACAUGCAGUAUGUUUGCAGCUGAAAAGCUGCUGAGUGAGUUCCAAUGCUGUUAUCUGGACCUGACCCAUGGACACACUGGGCAAAGUAGCAUUAAAAACAGCAGACUCAGGAUUUUUCACACGGAUGUGGCUAUGCAAAGCUCCUCAGGUACGUCAGCCAAAGCACUAAGCACAAUACUACACACAUUUAUAGCAACACCACACAGACUUGAACAUUUCUUAUCUCUCGCAGCAAUUAGCACGUGUUUUGCAAAGACAGGAAGGGUUUGGUUUUUAAAUUCUUGGUUAAUAAUCAACACAAAUCUUCAAAUGAGCCACUCAAGUUGCAUUCAAUGUUCACUUGCAUGAAAAAAAUUCAAAUAAAAAUUAAAUAACACUGUUAUUUCAGGCAUAGUGACGUGCAUUUAAAUGCUUGGAUGGUGUAGCUGUACAUAAAACACAAAAAAGGGCUUAAUAUUGUGUUUAGUGUGAAAAAACUGUUUGUUGAGCAAGUGAGUGAGAGACAGAAGUGUAAA